UUAGCGCGGUGUCGGACGGUCAGGCCAAGAGCGCUUCUUCGUUCGGACCGACUUCGACUUACGCCCGGCUUCGCAGACUGUGGCGAUGUGUACCAUUGGUGGUUCUGCUUGCGGUGCCAUGACUCCUGUCGGCGUUUGGUAUAUUGGAGAGGGUGGCAAUAUGCCCGGCAGAUGUGGCGCGUCUUCGUUCGGCCCAAUAUUAACUUACGGUCCACGCGUCGGCGGAAUGCAGGCUCCAUGCGGCUUCGACUCUCUGGCUGGGCAGGUGUUCAACCAAAGCAGCAACACUUCUUCGGCCGCUGGUGGUAAGGCAGGUCAUUUGGAUGGUUGGUACGGUGGAGGUGCUGACGGCGUGGACUUGUGGUUGCUAGACAGCGGCAUGGGUUGGUCGGUCAAGCGCAUCAUCCCGCUGCCGCAACGCAACGUUGAUAUCGCUGAUUCCCAAAGACUGUUCGAGAUAUCUGAUUAGCGCUGGGCGCUUGUGAUGCUUUGUAGUCCUCUACGCAACGUACUGGCUCCGUCUCAAUGUCGCUUUCGUACAUCUCCUAGCAGCAUAGUGAUCGCCUUCUGCACGCACAUUGUAGCAUCGGUCCCGAGUAUGGCAGUAGUUCCUUGCUGCAUGCCAUGACCGCCGAACCCCUGCCGUGAUACUUUCUCCACACCGUUCGCACUCUUUGGCGCUUUGAGCUAACAAAGUAGGCUGAGCGCCUCUCUCACGCACAUAAAGUACUGGCAGCCAGCAUGCCGGAGGUGGUAUGCGUGCUUGUUGCUUCCAACGCGCAGAUGCUUGCCGUUCUUGUAGAAAGCUUCAAGUCCUUCAAGUCAAGUUCUCAAAGACAAAGCGCUUGAAAUU